AUGAAGGGUGUAUCGAGGAAAAUGGUGCUCACAUUGUGGUCUUUACGUCCACGCUACACCCAACCACCUGACCUAUGUAAUGAAUAUAGUUCUAUUUCAAUCUUUUGCACAUUCAAGAUAAAUCAUGUAGGUUCGUUUACAAAUACGGUAUAUGCAAGGUCAUACAUAGAUGGGCUUGUUGAUCAUUUUGAUUUUGUGGACAUGGAUGUGUUUUCAGUCCACGAGUUAGAUGAUAUGAUGGCAGUUUUAGGAGUAGUCCAUUACUUUAAGUCCCUAGUGAAGGUUCGUAUUGAGGAAGUUGAAGGGAAUGAUUCUCCUGAACUGAAUAGGGUUAAAAUGAAAAGGAAAUCAAUUGGUUCAUGUAGUAAAAAGUUGGAUUUGAAUGAGUCCACUAAUUUGUCAAAGUUAAUUGUACCCUAUGAACCUGUAAUCAACAAAAAACACUCAGUUGAUCGAGAGAGUGAUCUCUUUAAGGGGUACAGUUUGAGGAUAACCAUGGUAAAAAAAAAUGUUGACACAGGAGAUGAGCACCAACCAAAAGGGAAUGUUGAUCUAGUGGAUGAUUAUGAGGUAAUGGGGGAUGUGGAUGCAGAAUAUGGUGGGGGGGGAAAUCUACAUGAUGUUGAGUUUUUUGAGGAUGAAUACAGUGGUAGUAAGGAAAGUGUUCAAAAAACCACCAAAGAAACAAGUGGUAGUGGUGUUGACUUUACUGAAGGUGAAGAUUUGGAGGUCAUAGACCCGGAAUCGUUUGAGUCACCUAUUGUAGAUGAAGAUAACAGCAGAGAGAGGAUGUUGAGAGACAUAAGAAAGGAAAAAAGUUGUUCUGAGGGUUUAGUUCAUCAAAAGGCUUUCACAUUAGGACAGAAGUUCAAAACAAAGAAAGAUGUGAAAGAAUAUAUAAACAAACAUGCAGUAGAAACCAAAAGGGGUUCACAUUUUGAAAAAAAUGACAAAACAAGGAUUAGGGAUAUGUGUAGAGGAGUGGUCUCAGAUAUGACAUCUGAAUGGAAAAAUACAAGGUGGUAG